GCCCCUUUUCAUUUAUUAAAAAGAGAAAAAAAAAAAAAAAAAAAAAAAAAAAAGAAGUGCCCUUUUAAUGCUAUAGGCAUGAUCAUCUGUAUUUUUGUCAUUCUGCAAUUUUUGGCCAUUCCGGCCGCCUGGGCACAAGCAGCAAACGAACCGAAAGAUUUCCCAUUUACUCAGUUUGAUGUUAGUGAUUAUUCUUCUUUCCACUUUAGGGGCUCUUCUAUUGCUCAUGGGGCUCUUCAGGUGACACCAGACUCUGAAAAUCUUGAACUCACUAACAAGUCCGGCCGAAUCACGUAUAAACGUCCUUACAGACUCUGGUCGUCUGAUAUUGAUGAUGUUGUUGCCUCCUUCAACACACACUUUGUCAUCAACAUCUUUAGGAACAACGAAUGGGAAGCUGGCGAAGGGCUAGCUUUCGUCAUAGCACCGGACUACGAAGUACCGGAAAACAGUUAUGGGCAGUGGUUAGGCCUCACCAAUGACACCACCGACGGCGAUACCGAGAACAAAAUGGUUGCCAUAGAAUUCGACACUAAAAAGCAAGAUUUCGACCCUGAUAAUGACCAUAUCGGCCUUAAUAUCAACACCAUAAAAUCGAAAAAGAAUGUCUCUCUUAAUGGUUUAGGGAUUGAUUUAGCACCACAUCCAGAUAAAGUCACAAACUACAGCGUCUGGAUCCAAUAUGAUGGUAAAACCAAAGCCAUGGAGGUCUUCAUGGCGGCCACUAGUGGUAGCACCAACGUGGAAAAGCCAGUAGAGCCGAUUCUGAAUGAUACCAUCAACCUGAAAGAUUAUGUGAAGGAGGAAUCCUAUUUUGGAUUUUCUGCUUCUACAGGUAACCCUGAUAUUCAAUUGAAUUGUGUUUGGCAAUGGAAUCUCGAGGUCGAAGUUUUGCCUGUAAAAAAAGAUCGGACGUGGUUAAAAAUUGUUAUCGGAGUCGGUGUCCCGGGAAUUGUUUUGUUGGGCUUAAUUUGUGUUAUGCUGGGACUAAUCUACAAGAAAAAGAGGAAGAGAGCGAUUGACGAGGAGUCUCUUGUGCUUGGAACCUUGAAAAGUUUACCUGGGAUUCCAAGGGAAUUUAGGUACAAGGAUUUGAAAAAGGCCACCAACAACUUUCAUGAGAGUAUGAAGCUGGGGCAAGGUGGAUUUGGAGUUGUUUAUAGAGGUGUUUUGCAUGAAAAGGAUGGUGGUCAACAUGGUGCUUCUACUGCUAGUACUACUGCUAGUACUACUGAAAUUGCUGUUAAGAGAUUCUCUAGAGAUAAUGUCAAAGGCCAAGAUGAUUUCUUUGCUGAGCUUACCAUUAUUCAUCGUCUUCGCCAUAAACAUCUUGUUCGGUUAUUAGGAUGGAGCCAUGAGAAAGGAAAGCUUCUUCUGGUGUACGAGUUUAUGCCCAAUGGUAGCCUUGAAAAGCACCUCUAUGACUCCUCCAACCCAAAUACACUGCAUUGGAGUCAUCGAUGCAAGAUACUUACUGGUGUAGCAUCAGCGUUGCAUUACCUGCACAACGAGUAUGAUCAAAAAGUCGUGCAUCGUGACCUUAAAGCCAGCAACAUCUUGCUUGACUCACACUACAAUGCCCGCCUGGGGGAUUUCGGCCUUGCUCGUGUAUUGGACAAUGAGAGGAAUUCAUAUGCUGAACUAGAAUUAGGUGGAGUCCCAGGGACCAUGGGAUAUGUUGCGCCAGAGUGCUUCCAUACAGGGAAGGCCACACCUGAGUCUGAUGUGUAUGGUUUUGGUGCCGUGGUGCUUGAAGUCAUAUCUGGUCGAAGCCCAGGAGUUAGAAUUCAUCAUGAGCAGCAACACUAUUCCUUGGUUGAUUGGGUUUGGAUGUUGCAUCGGGAAGGCCGAAUUCAAGAAGCUGUGGACAAGCGGCUACAGAACGAUUAUAAUUUCGAUGAAGCAAACAGGCUGCUACUUCUGGGGUUGGCAUGCUCACAUCCCAUUGACAGUGAGAGGCCCCAAACCCCAGCCAUAUACCAGAUUUUAUCAGGAACUUUGCCAGCACCUCAUGUACGUCCAUUCAAGCCUGUCUUCACAUGGCCUUCCAUGGUCAGCACCUUCAGCACCAGUGACACUACACUUUUCAACAUCACAUCAUCAACAUCAUCAUGA